AUGCGGCUGCUGCCCCUGCUGCGGACUGUCCUCUGGGCCGCGCUGCUCGGCUCGCGCCUGCGGGGGUGCUCCAGCCUCCGCCACCCUGUCUACUGGAACUCCUCUAACCCCAGGCUGCUUCGCGGAGAUGCUGUGGUGGAGCUGGGCCUCAACGAUUACCUAGACAUCUUCUGCCCACAUUAUGAAAGCCCAGGGCCCCCGGAGGGCCCCGAAACCUUUACUUUAUACAUGGUGGACUGGUCAGGCUACGAGGCCUGCAAGGCAGAGGGGGCAAGUGCCUUCCAGCGUUGGAAGUGCUCGCUGCCUUUUGCCCCUUUCGGCCCCGUUCGAUUCUCAGAAAAGAUCCAGCGUUUCACACCCUUCUCCCUGGGCUUCGAGUUCUUGCCUGGAGAGACAUACUACUACAUCUCGGUGCCAACCCCGGAGAGUUCUGGCCGGUGCUUGAGACUGCAGGUGUCUGUGUGCUGCAAGGGGAGCGGAUCCGAGUCAGCCCAUCCUGUUGGGAGCCCCGGAGAAAGUGGCACAUCUGGGUGGCGCGGAGAGCAUGCCCCCAGCCCCCUGUCUCUCUUGCUGCUGCUGCUGCUCCCAAUACUUCGUCUUCUGCGAGUUCUGUGAGCCAAGUGUAUCUUCCCUGUCACCCCAAGGAACCAGAGCCCUUCCCAAGAUCCUCUGCUGAAGGGGUUUUUGCCACCAUACCGGUGAUGCCUUGCCAGGCAGACACA